AUGAGUGAUUCAGAUGGCACGGCCGAGCCCGCCUCCUUGCAGGGCAUGGUAACGACCUUUGUCACUGGUGGUGCUAUCGCCCUUGUGAUGGUCGUCAUCUUCCUCCUUAUUCGCAGGAGUUCCAGGAGAUAUUAUGCCCCGAGAACUUAUCUCGGGACCAUUCCUGAAAAUGAGAGGACGCCAUCUUUGCCCGAUGGCAUUUUCAACUGGAUAGGGUCGUUUUGGAAAAUACCCGAUUCCCACGCUCUCAAGACUCAAUCUCUAGAUGGCUACCUGUUUCUUCGCUUCCUGCGCAUCUGCACAACCGUUUGCUUUGUUGGUCUCUGCAUGACUUGGCCAACUCUCUUCCCUAUUAAUGCUACCGGCGGUGGUAACUCCAAGCAGCUCGAUAUCCUGUCCAUCAGCAACAUCAACACCGAAAAUGCCGCGAACCGCAACCGUUUAUUCGGCCAUGUUUUGGUUGCGUGGAUCUUCUACGGCUUUGUGCUCUAUCUCAUCAUGCGUGAAUGCAUCUUCUACAUCAACCUCCGUCAGGCGUUCCUCCUCACGCCGCAGUACGCCCGCCGCAUCUCCUCACGCACCGUCCUCUUUACUUCAGUUCCCAAAACCUACCUCAACGUCGAUAGGAUCCGCCUCAUGUUCAGGGACUCUGCCAAGCACAUUUGGAUCACCGGCGAUACGGAAGAGCUCGAUAAGCUCGUCGAGGAGCGAACCAAGGUCGCAAUGAAGCUCGAAACGGCCGAGGUGAAGCUUCUCAAGCUUGCCAACGGCAACCGCGUCAAGGCAAACGAGGGUCCUUCGAAACUCACCAAGUCGUCCCAACCGGCCCAGCCACCGCCCCAGGAGCUGGAGAGCGCCGAUGCCGUUGCGCGUUGGGUUCCCAAGAACAAACGUCCGACGCACAGGCUUGGCUUCCUCGGUCUAGUUGGCAAAAAGGUCGACACCAUUGAAUGGGCCAGGGAGAAGCUGGCUACGCUCCACCCUGAAGUUGAGACCGCACAAGCCAAAUAUCUUGCCGGGGAUGUCAAGCCGGUACCCGCCGUCUUCGUUGAGUUCCAUACCCAGUCUGAUGCGCAGUACGCCGUCCAGUCCCUUGCCCAUCACAGCGCGCUCCAAAUGAGCCCUAGGUUUAUUGGUGUACGGCCCCAGGAAGUGAUCUGGAAAAACCUCAAGGUUUCCUGGUGGCAAUUGAUUGCCCGCCGUUACGUUGUGCUCGCCUUCCUCACCGCUAUGAUCAUUUUCUGGGCCAUUCCGGUUGCCUUUGUCGCCUCCAUUUCCCAAGUGGAUAGCUUGCGCGCCAAAUGGGAAUGGCUGUCCUUCCUUGACAAGGUUCCUCAAGUCGUCAUGGGCUUCAUUACUGGACUUUUGCCCUCCGUGCUCCUCUCCAUCCUAAUGUCGCUUGUCCCUGUGAUUAUCAGGCUCUGUGCCAGAUUCGCCGGCGAGCCCACUGAGGCUCGCGUCGAGCUCUUCACCCAGGCCAUCUACUUUGCUUUCCAAGUAAUUCAGGUCUUCCUCGUCACCACCGUCUCCGGCUCCGUCUUCAGCAUUCUUGCGGAGAUCGCGAAGAAUCCCGGCCACAUCUUCCAAACUCUUUCCGAUGCCAUUCCCCGAGCCUCAAACAUUUACAUCAGCUUCUUCAUCGUCCAGGGUAUCACCAUUGCCUCUGGAGUUCUCACUCAAGUUACGGGCUUCAUCAUCUUCCGCCUGACGUAUAAAUUCUUGACCAAGACUCCUCGAUCCAUGUACACAAAGUGGACGUCUCUGUCUGCCAUCUCUUGGGGCUCCGUCCUACCCAUUUACACGAAUAUCGCCGUCAUUAGCAUCACUUACUCGGUCAUCGCGCCUCUCAUGCUCUUCUGGUCUUCCAUCGGAAUGGCCCUCUUUUACCUGGCUUACCGGUACAAUAUUCUCUUCGUUACCGACACCGGCAUUGACACUAGGGGCCUCAUUUACCCGCGUGCCAUGAAGCAGUUGCUCGUCGGUGUCUACCUUGCUGAAAUUUGCAUGAUUGGCAUGUGUGCUGUAUCUCGGGCGUUCUGGCCGAUGAUUCUAAUGAUCGUCUUCCUCAUCUUCACUGUGUUGUUCCACAUCACUUUCCAGAACGCGCUUGAUCCACUUCUUUACAACCUCCCGCGCAGUCUCGAGGUUGAGGAGGAGAGACUCAUGGAAUUGGGAGAACCCGCUGCCGCCAACGAAGCUGUUCUAGACGGCUCGACUGGUGCCGCGCCCGAGAGUGAGAAGGCAAAGACGGGGUCAUCUGCUGUGCCCAAGGGCAACUUCUUCUCCAAGUUCCUCAAGCCUUGGAAAUACUCCACAUACAUGCACAUGCGCGAACUUGUGCCCCGAUACCAGUACGAUCCCCGCGAGCUUCUCGAAGAGGCGACGGAAAAUAACACGUACAACCCGCCCUCUGUCAAUGACACCAUACCUUUACUCUGGAUCCCUCAGGAUGAAGCUGGCCUGUCGAAGCAUGAGAUUGCUGCUACUGAGGGCAUCAUUCCCAUGACGGAUGAGGGAUGCACCCUAGACGAUAAGAACAAGUUGAUCUGGGAUGAGUCUGCUGGCCGACCCCCGAUCUGGGAGGAAAAGCCCAUCUACUAA